UUUCAUCGUAAAUAGAACUCAGCGCUGUUAGUUCGUCUUCCUGAUAAUCAGACGCUCCUUCCUCGUCCGACUCCAUCGUACAGAUGCGAAUACACUCAAGACAGCCAGAAGUCAGAACACCCCCUACUAAAUUGAAUGUGCAACCCCCCUGAAAGAAUGUGAAACACGAGCGGAAAUGAAACAUUUUACUUCUUUUUAUGGCAGUAAUAACAACAAUUUCCCCAUUGAAUUCGAGUUUUAUAUUUUCCAUUGAUUUUAUCUAUUACUUUUUAUGAAAUGGCUGGUAUUCUUGUUUCUGACACAAUCGUGGUUUGUACAGAUGACAUUGGGGAUUGUAGUAUACAACUCUGCAUUGGAGAUAUAAUUGAAAUACCAAAAGAGGAUAAGAUUAAUGUGCUUGUUAUUUCGGCUUUUCCAGAUGACUAUGUACCAACACCACCCUCUCUUAUUGGUCAACUUUAUAAUCGUCUCAACAUUGAUGUUCGGGUAUUGGCAAAAGAUAAGGAGGAAGAUUUAAGAAGUUUACAUUCUUGUUGGUGGUCAAAACCAUUGCCUGAUCAUCUAAGUUUUGAGAAAAUUCUUUGCUUUGAAGGCGGAUUCAAAGUUGGUAAAACUUCACCUCAAGUGGUUGGAGAUAUAUUUCGAUGUCUUGUUCCAGCAAUGGGCAAUGAAGAGACUCGUGUAGUGAUGCCCUUGUUAGCUGCUGGUGCUCAGAAAUUCUCCAAGAAACAGAUGCUCGAGGAGCUCGUAACGGCAGCAAUUCACUGGAUAGAGACAGGGUUAUCGCUACGCUGUUUAAAGAUUGUUUUACUAGAGAGAGAACACGAAAACAUGGAGCUAAUACUACGCUUUAAAAAGAUGAAGGAAAGUUACCAGAAAGGAAGAAUGGAAAAACAGAAGGAACAUUUGAGCGAAUACGACAUAUAUUUAUCAUACUGCGAAGAAGACAAGGGGCGCACAGAAUUCAUUAUCCAAUGUCUUCAGAAGAACGGCAAGAGCAUCAAAGUAUUCUCAAAGUUGCAGGAGUUAGACAUGUAUGAAUCCUGGCAACAGCAGUUAUAUGAUACGAUAACAAGUUGUAAACGUGUUGUUGCAUUAAUUACUCCUGCAUACCUGAAAUCGACAAGUUGCUCCGAACAAUUUAACAUCGCGUUGUGCCUUAACAGGAAAUUACAUCACAAGUUUCUCAUUCCAUUGUUACUCUCUCACGUUUCAUACAUGCCCAUGUACAUGGGAAUAACUCAGUAUAUUGAUUGCAGGGAACAUGACGCAGAAAAGAUUGGCAAAGCUUGUGUUACCGUAGUUGAACGUAUAGGGUCGUAUGAUGUUGACAACGUUGAUGCUAAAAGACUGACAUUUCUUGAACCAAAUUACGAUGUAUUCAUGUCAUAUUCGCAUAUAAAUGAAGAUGUAGCAAAACAAGUAAUAAAAGAACUUCGCAUUUACCAACCUGACAUUAAUAUAUUUAUUGACACCACUGAACUUAAGGCUGGCAGUGCUUGGCAACAAGCUUUGUAUGACGCUAUAGAACGUUCCAAGGUGAUGAUUGCAUUAAUCUCUGGCCAUUAUCUUUCUUCAAAAGUCUGCAUUGAAGAACUCAGCCUUGCUAUCGCAUUGCAAUGCCAAGGAACUGCAAAAAUUUGGCCAGUUGUGAUUGAACCAUUAAGUAAAAAUUUGCCGUGGUUGAAGUUGAUUUCACCUGUUCAAUGUUUCGUUCAACCGUCAACUGAAAACUUUCCUGGCAUAGGUGGUCUGUGUAAAAACAUUCUCAAAGAUAUUAAUGCAUCAAACUGUCCGAGUGUUGAGAACGAGAAGACUGGAAUUAUAGGAAUUCUUGAAGAUGUUCGUAAGCUUAUCACAUUCGAUUCUGGACAUGUUUCAAAUAUUGCAAGUGGAGUAAUGAUAUCUCAACAAAGUGAAAGUCCACCAUUCAACCGUUCUCGUCAGUCGGUCCCAAACCAUGUUGAUAUUUACGUCAUUUGCUCUAAAGAAGACGUGAAAUACUGCCAAUUAUUUUGUAAACUACUGAUAUCGCUGGAUCAAUCAUUAAUAAUUAAGAAAUCUUUGGAGGAAUCAAAUUCAUCACGCCUGGCUUAUCUCGAGACGUCGAGUUUAGUGAUUCCUCUGCUAUCCCCGAGCUACCUGUCAUGCAAAGAGCUUCUUCACGAACUCAACAUCGCUUGGUGUCGCCAACGUUACGCUGAGGAGUUAUGUUUUCUGUCAAUAAUUGUAGAUGAUCUUCCAGAUAAACCAACUUAUUCUCAUCUAUUACCCUGCUUCUUCCAUUGCAAAGACAAACAUUGGGAGAACUCAUCGGAAAUCGAUCCUUGGAAACAUUUGAUAACAGAGAUGAACGUUUCUAAGGAGGUUAUUAGUUGUUUGGUAUACGCUAUAAAGAGUGUUAUAUCUUUGAUAACUCGCAGCGAAUGUUCGAUCUGGGGUCUACAUAAUAAGUUUAGCAAUUGUCUUCAUCUCAAAAAUUGUCUUCUGUAAUUGAUGAUGAUCUUCGUUGGAGAUGAUACAAUAUAUACCUACAGUAAACAGGCAUGACUGAAAUAUUAUUAGAUAAUCAUUGAUGGAUUAGAAUAAUUUUUUAAACAGGAU